AUGACAACAGUAAAACUAAAAGUUCUAACAUUGAACUGCUGGUUUGUGCUGGGCGUUUUUGUACCGUUGGCAUGUAAGGAUAGAUUAGAGAGAAUGAAAGAGAUAGGGAGAGAGUUGAGUGUGGGUAAUUAUGAUAUUGUAUUUCUGCAAGAAGUUUGGCUCAAGUCUGACUAUCAACUGUUGUGUCAGUACAUUCUCCCUGCCAUGCCAUACACUCAUUAUUACUAUAGUGGAAUUAUUGGUAGUGGCUUGUGUCUGUUUAGCAAGUUUAAGAUCAUUGAAACUAGUCAAUUCAGGUCAUUAUUCUCUCUGAAUGGGUAUGCCCAUAGGCUGAUGUGUGGUGACUGGAUGGCUGACAAGUCGGUCGGCUUCGCGAAGAUUCUUCUAGAGCCUGGCUCUAUCAAGUUGAACGCCUACACUACACAUUUGCACGCCCAGUACUCAGAGGACAACACCUACCAUGCCUAUGAAGAGCAUAGGUGCCUCCAGUCUUUUGAGCUGGCCAAGUUCCUCAGGGACACAAGCUGCAGCUGCGAUUGCGUCGUCGUCGGUGGCGACUUCAACAUCACCCCGAAC